AUGGCCAGCCCUCCUGUUACGAGCAGGCGCCGCGGCUAUGAUCUGCCGCCAGGUUCCUCGGCUGGCCUGUCCCAGGCCGGGGACACUCCCAGGCGAACCAGUCACCCGUCCCCCUUCCAGUCCGUUUCCACACCACGAGGCGAUGUGCCGCCCUUCCAGCAGCCUCAGCGGCACCCGUCCCUGACCUCUGUGGAGAUAUCGCGCAAAGUAAAGGCCUGUGCAGCAUGUCGUAAGCAAAAAAUGCUCAUGGAUGAAAGGUCCCAGUGGCAUCAAGACAUUGUUGGUGACCUUGAGCUCAUAUACUCCGGCGUCCAAGAGCUUCGAGAGCGGUCCGCUCUUCCACCACUUGCUGGACUGCGAAGCUCCUCUGAUCGGCCAGGACCAGAUACCAUGGAUCCAGGCGGACAAGACCAGCAAGAGGACAGCGGCGGCGUGUCGCCUGGAGAUAACAACUCGCCCUCGAUGAUGAACAUGCUGGAUGAAGGCCUGACCGACGUCACAACGCAGCAAGCGGGCUUCUUUCCACCCUCCAUCUCGCAACUGAACCCACGAACCAGCCAUCCGCCCCUCCGCUCCCAUGACUCGGGUGAGGACGCCCAGAGUCUCCACUCUGGGGUUGGAUCCAUACGGGACUUCAUUGCCGUUGGGCAGAUCUCCCUAGCGGACGCACAGCGGCUGUUUGAUCUGUACAUGGAGCAGCUGGACUACUUCGUAUACAAGAUUGGUGGCCGCUGGCGGACACUCGAUGCCCUGAGGGCGCGGAGUCCCAUCUUGACCGCGAGCAUCUUGACCGUCGCCGCCCUGCAUGAUGCUGCGUCGAAUCACAUUUAUCCGAUCUGCAACAGAGAAUUGCGACGCCUGAUAUCGGCAAGUAUUUUUGAUAGAAGAGUUAACCGGGAUCACCUCCGAGCCCUCUGCGUAGCCUCGUACUGGCUGAGUGAUGUCAGCUGGACCCUGUCUGGAAUGGCGAUCCGCAGGGCUACCGAGAUCAACCUCAGUGGCAACUAUCAGAGAGUGCUCGCAGAGGGCAGUGAGGACGCGGCUGAUUGCCUAAGGCUGUGGUAUAAUCUUUUCAUCUGCGACAAGAAUCUCUCCACUCUUUAUAGUAGGCAGAGCCUCGUGUGUGAGGACGCCAGUAUACAGGGCUGGGAGGAAUUUCUCAAGACCCCACUAUCCACGGAUGACGACAAGAGACUAAUGAGCCAGGUCUCGUUACAUCUCAUUCUGACAAGUGUCCACGAGCUGUUUGGUCCCGACAAUGGAGUCUCGAUUCCGCCGGCCUUUUCAACACAGAUUGCACAUUAUAGCCGCCAGCUUGACCACUGGGUUGGUGUGUGGUCGACGGCACUGAAAAGCUGCUCCUCGACGAUUGGCGACUUUCCAGCCAAAAAUGCCCUUAUUUACUACCAAUUUUCGAAACUCUACCUCUUCAGCCACGUCUUUCGUGGGCUCGCAAACAAGGACCCCAUUCCUGUCCCGCUCCGGGAGGCUGCCUCGGGUGCCAUCGCCGCCGCGACCAACAUAAUUGAGCUUGUGCUCCAGGAACCAGACAUUGCCGCUAGCCUCCGAGGAAUGCCCACCUAUGUACACGCAAUGGUGUGCUUCGCUUGUGUGUUUCUCCUGAAGCUGGCUGCCAAGCGGCAGGACGGGCUGGUCGAGGCUGGCUUCGUGAGUGACUUGGCAAGCAGGCUGGUUUCGCAAUUUAGAUCUAUUCAGGCCGGCAAAUGGCACCUUGCGCAUUUAAUGGCGGAUGGGCUGGAGAAGUCGGCUACUUCGCUACUCGGGUCGAGCGCUGGAGAAGGGCUCGAAUCCAGCACAGGGAGCGCCCUGGGCAAGGGAGGUUCUGGCGGCAUCAUGGGGGACCCAGGCCUGGAAGACGCUUCGAGCAUGUCCUUUGGGUUAUAUUCCGACCCGAAUGCCUCGCCCUUCCAGGGCUCUCUUCCUUCGGGGUAUGGAGGCGUGGGAGGCUCUGGUCCUGGCAACGGGAUGCAGUCAAUGCACAAUCCCAUCCAAAGCCCAGAUCUGACCUUUGGGCCCCAGAGCUUCUUCGAGUUCAGUGCGGCACCACCGGGUCCAGGAAACGAUCCCUUCGGCUUCCCUUGA